AUGGUAGACGCUAUGCCGUUAAGUGAAGGUGUUCCACCGUCUGCUCCAUCUUCAACCCAGGAAAAAGAAAAACCGGCGGCGGCGGCGAAUCAGACACGCAUGAAAGGGAAAAGUAGCGGGCGGUCACAUGGAUCCCUGACAUCAUCGCGCCCUCUCGUCGACAUCUUCUUCUUCUUUUCCGCUGCAAGGGGAGGAAUAACUCUUAUGGACAAGCGGACUGCCGGGAUGAGGAUGAAGAUGAGGACGAUGGGGAGGACGGGAGAUGUCUUCCUCCUCCUGCUGGCCUGGCGCAUCCUCAACGCCCUUCUCGUCCGGACCUUCUUCCAGCCCGACGAGUUCUUCCAGUCGCUUGAGCCUGCAUGGGGGAUUGCUUUUGGCCGGGACAGUGGCGCCUGGAUUACAUGGGAAUGGAAUCACCAGCUGCGGUCCUCGAUCCAUCCGUACCUCUUCGCGGGCGUAUACCGAGUCGUCGAUGCGGCGGCCAGCUUGCUACAUCUCUCUCCGCUGAGCCGGGCUGAUCUCUUGAUCGCGGGGCCCAAAGUGACCCAGGGGUUGAUAUCCGCCGUGGGGGACUAUUAUACGUGGAGGUUAGGUGGCAGGAUAUAUGGCAGCAGCAGUCCGGAGGCCGGGUUCAUCCUCGGGUUGACGGCCCUGAGUCCAUGGCAGUGGUUCUGCUCUACGCGGACGCUGUCGAACUGUCUGGAGACGAGUCUGACCAUCACCGCGCUGUACUUUUGGCCAUGGGUGUGGUCUGUCCCUCGGAGGGCUGGCAUAUCAGACGUUGCUAGUCUACGGAAAUGCUUGCUCCUGGCCUCGCUGGCAUGCGUCCUGCGUCCGACAAACACCAUCGUCUGGUUCUGUCUGGCUGCCAGUUUGACAUAUACCACCGUCCGUCAGAGCUGGGGCUCAUCCCUUCCAUGGACCAAGUCCCUGGCGCCCCUCGGCAUUCUCAUACGUGAAUGCUUCCUGUGCGGUUCUGCAAUCCUGGCCGUCUCCGUGCUGGCAGACCGUUCCUACUACGGAACAUGGACACUGCCGCCGUUUAGGUUCCUCUACUUCAACCUCGUCCAGUCUCUCGCUGUGUUUUAUGGCAAGAAUGACUGGCACUACUAUCUCUCACAGGGCUACCCGCUUCUGCUCAUCACUGCUCUCCCCUUUGCCCUCAUCGGCAUUUUCAAGUCUCUAGUUCCAGGAACAGCUUCCUCGACCAAUGUCUCUGCCUCAGUCAGACGACAGCUGGCCAUUGCUUGUCUUGCAAUGCCAGCAAUCCUCUCUCUCGUCCCUCACAAGGAAGUUCGCUUCAUAUACCCAAUAUUGCCCUGUCUUCAUAUUCUGGCGGCCCGUCCGAUUUCUCAAUUCUUUACUCCCUCGAUAUCUUCGGCGUCAGGAUCAUAUACGCCACGAAGACUGCUCUUGGUAUUCUUGGUUCUGGUCAACGUUGUCAUCGCCGUGUAUACGUCCGUUAUACAUGCCUCAGGCGUGAUUGAUGUGAUGGGAUACCUCCGCCAGCAACAAGACAGCCACUAUCGAUAUGAACCCACUCGCGGCCUCACAGCCGGCUUCUUGAUGCCAUGCCACAGCACACCAUGGCGAUCACACCUUGUAUCCCCCUAUAUUCGUGCCUGGGCUCUCGGCUGCGAGCCACCAGUCAACCUAUCACCAGAGGAGAAGGCCACCUACGUCGACGAGGCAGACUUGUUCUACAAGAGCCCGUCAGAAUUCAUAUCCCAGCGAAUGUCCAGCACCAGCCUGCUAUCCAACCACUUCAGAUCAACCGCGGGCCCCAAACAUGAAUGGCCCGACUACCUCAUCUUCUUCUCCCACCUCGAGCCAACGCUCAAAUCCACCCUUCGCUCCUCCCAGUACGCCGAAUGUUACCGCACCUUCAACACGGCCUGGCACGACGACUCGCGCCGAAAGGGCGACGUCAUAGUCUGGUGCCGCGACGCAGCGAUACAGUCUGACUGGCGCUCCAAACACGUCCCCGUGCAGAUUAAGACCGAACAAAGCCAACAGCAGCGUCACUUCGAUCGGAUCAUCAAUAUAUUAGCUAGAGAGCAAGGUGAUAACCAGCCAUGGUGGAAGGGGUGGUGGAGCAGUUUGUCCGGCCAAAAGAAGAAACAAGGUAUCUUCUCGUCGUUUCCGGCCCUGUUUCCAUUUCAUUCAGAUUCGUCUUGGUCUUGGCUGUUGACUCCGCGUAGGUCUUCGUCGUGGGGGUGGCCGUGGCAGCGGAAACGGAAAUCAGCGCUAUCCUCGCUGACGGACGCCGUGGCAUCGAUGUACGAGCGGAUUACCUCGCGCCGGCAGACAUCGAAUUCCCAGCGGAAUCUAUGGUCGUAG